AUGGACGCCACCUUGGGGGAGGCAGCCCAGCUGACUCCAACAUUACUGUCACAGAAUGAGGACAGCUACAACGCGAUCGCCACAAAUGUUGUGAGCAAGCUGAGGGGAGCAAUACCACCUUCGGCAGCGACGAAGAACACAUUAGAUGCUCUGCAUCCGACCGCAGACACGAUACCUUACUUCUUUGUCGUCGCAGCGGCUAUCAAACAUGUCACAUCCAGCGGAAAGUCUGUAGAAGGACAGCUGCCUCGCGCGCUCCUACCAGACGGCGAGUUGUGGCCAUACAUUUCGAGCCUCCUCCUUGAAUUCGACCCGAUCCAAGCACGUUACGCCGGACAGCCUCUUGCUACGAUCUUGGACACCGUCAGCUACGGCGCGCAACAGACACAGAACUAUGCUCCUGCAAUUCAACGCCUCUACCUUCACCUCGACACAUCAUACCUUUGUCCGGCUAUGCUCCUAGCUGGCGCAUUUGCGGACAGUCUCCUCAUCGUCACAAGACCAAUCUAUCACAUUCCCCUCGGCGAUAAGACCGUGGAAAGUCGUGCAGCGAAGAACAAGUGCUCGAUUGAAGAGCUUACGGACGGCUGGCUGACACAUGCGUCGGGUCUGACGUACAGAGUCACGCCGCGAAUGUUCCUCGAAUACAAUGCGAUGUGUGCGUUAUGUCACAUGGCUUUGGGCCAGUAUCAGCAAGCUAUCCUAUUCCUGGAAGUCGUCCUCAUCGCUCCAACAGGCAGCGGUGCCACAAGUCAGAUCGCGGUCGAUGCCUACAAGAAAUGGAUUCUACUCAAUCUUAUUACCACCGGCAAGGUUCCAGAGUAUCCCAAACCCGUCUAUCAAGCAACGUCGAGAAAUGUUCGAUCGCUGGCUAAGCCUUACGAAUGCAUCAUGGAAGCAUUCAAGUCACGAGAUCCUUCGCGACUCUCAGCAGAGAUGCACGAGGGUGCUGACGUCUGGCAAGCUGACUCGACUCUUGGUCUGAUUCAGGACGUCUAUCAGGCGCACCGCAGAUACAACGUGCUCCAUCUGGGCAAGACAUUCGCCGCGAUUCCAGUGUCACAAGUCGUGUCAAUGCUUGGCUCCGACCAAAACGGCGAGCCAACUGUGCAGGAAUAUCUACAGAACCUCAUCGCCACCGGCGGCCUUCGUGCAACACUCACACCAGCAUCAGACAGUUCGGAUCAGAUCCUCCGCUUCCUGCCCGACACAAUCAGCAAGAAAUCUGAGCUCGAGAUGGAGCAAGAUUUGAACAACCGUGAAGUCCAGCUACGAGCACUUCUCAAACGCAUCGGCGAGGUCGAGCACCGCAUGCAGCUCAGCAAGGAGUACGUGGACAAUCUGAAGAAGCUCAAGAAGACUCGUGAUGAGGAUGACCAAAUGCAAGCCAACGUCGACAAGACUAAGGCCAAUGUCGCGGCAGGAAAGAAGCCGCCGACGACCUACGACAUCGACGAGGAUAUGAUGGGAGACGAGUUCUAG